AUGGCAACGUCCUCGAGCCCACCAGUGGCUCCAGCGCUGCCCAAUGGCCACAGAGGGAGCGACGCCGCGUCGGACCUUCAGCCCACAGUGGCCGACUUUGUCGUGGACAAGCGGCCGAGUCCGUUCCUGAAGCUCACAAUGAGUCGCCGCGUGAAGGACGAGACGAUCGCACCGCCUCAGCUCGUGCCGUUUGUGCUCCAGUUGCUCCGUACCCCAAUCGCGGCAUCGCCCACAAGGGAUAACUUCAUGGACACGAACGCGGCCACUGCCACUGCCGUCGUCAGCCGCGUGCUCUAUGGCAGUGGGUCGCGUCGUACUGUACUACUGGAGCUCGAGGACGUGGCCACUGCCACAAAGUUGCGGGCGCUGCUUCAUGCAAAGCCCUGUGAGCUGCUGCAACAGCGUUUAAUGUACGCGGAGUUUGCAAUGCUGCGGACGGCGCAAGAAGCGCGGGACCGCCUCGAGAGGGUGUGCAAUGUGCAACUGGACGAUGGGCUCCCGGGGCUACGGGUUCCAGGACUGCGACUAGCGGUCGAGUUCAUCGCGAGCGCAGAGGAAGCGGCGUGUGUGGAGUACUUUGAUCGAGACGAUAAGGUGCACUGGGCAAAGACGAUUCGAGCGAGGCAAGUGCAGCACUUUGGCUACGAGUUUCAGUACGACACGAGGCGGUGUGACCCGACAAAGCCAAUGGCCGAUCCAAUUCCGUCAGUGCUGCAGCCGAUUGUGGCAAAGAUCGCCGCGUGUGGGAUCAUGGACGGGGAAACGCCCGACCAGAUUACGGUGAACGAGUACCUGCCGGGACAGGGCAUUGCUUUCCACACGGAUACGCACUCAGCGUUCACGACAACGAUUGCAACGCUCAGUCUUGCAAGUCAAGUGGUCAUGGACUUUCGAUGCCCGGCCAGCGAUCAGAACGAAGGUGUGGUCUUGCCAGCUCGGUCCAUGGCCGUGAUGAGCGAAGCCAGUCGCUACGACUGGGAACAUGCCAUUGUGCCGCGUCUGUUUGAUGUCAUUGAUGGGAAGCAGGUGGCCCGCCAGCGACGACUGAGCAUCACGUUCCGUAAGAUUCGCUCAGGACCGUGCAAGUGUCCGUUUCCAUCACAGUGCGAUACGCCGAGACGGGAGGGACUGGAUCAACAGGAGCAAACGACUCGGACAAAAGGUCUUACGAGCUUGGCACCUACUGCGCUGGAGCAGCAGUACGUGCACGAGUUCUACGAGACCGUAGCAGCGCACUUCAGCAGCACCCGGCACAGCCCCUGGCCGAAAGUCGGUCGGUUCGUAGCAUCCCUACCAAGCGGCUCAAUGAUUGCCGACGUUGGCUGCGGAAAUGGAAAGUACAUGAAGUGCGUCGAUCCGUCGCAGAGUUUCGUUGUCGGUGGCGAUCGCAGUUCGCGUCUCGUGGAUAUUUGUCGCGGUCGAGGUCUUGAAGCGAUAGUGUGUGACGCACUGGCUGUUCCGCUGCGGUCCAACUCGUGCGAUGCUGCCCUAUCAAUUGCAGUCCUCCAUCACCUCAGCACGCUGGACCACCGACUCGCGGCAGUGAAAGAGCUGCUUCGCAUUGUCCGUGUGAAUGGACAAGCGAUCAUUUACGCAUGGGCACAUGAGCAGAUGAAGGGCUCUCGUCGCCGUUUUGACGAAGGUCGACAAGACUUCAUGGUUCCUUGGAAUCUCGACAAGCGUUUUGCAGGUACUGCUCAAGCAGAUCCAAGAGCCACAACGAACGCGGAGACAAGUGAUGAGGCUGCGGAUAUCGAGACACAUUGUGCAGAAGACAGUGAUACACUGAAUGGCAGCGACAUCGAUCGAGACGUCGUUGCAACGAAAGAAGACCGCGUAGUCCAGCGUUAUUGUCACAUGUUCAAGCAAGGGGAAUUAGAAACCUUGGUGGAGCUUGCGGGCAAUGCCGAAGUACAGUCGAGCUACUACGAUGAGUCCAACUGGGCUGUCGUGAUUCGACGCGUUUGCUAG